UUUCCCGUGAUCCCAGAGCCCGGCACCGCUCCCGAGGGACGGGACUGGCACAGCAGUGUGACUUGCAGGUCAAUUUCAUCACAGAGUGCCAAAGGAAAGAGGAUGGAACCAGAAACCACUGCCAAGGAGAGAGUCCUCAUUACUGGAGGAGGGGGUUAUUUUGGCUUCCGUUUAGGUUGUGCCAUGUAUCAAAAGGGAGUGGAUGUGAUUCUCUUUGAUGUCGUGAAGCCACUUCAAGCCGUGCCAGAGGGAAUAAAGUUCGUGCAGGGGGAUAUCUGCUGCCUGACUGAAGUGGAAGAUGCUCUCAGAGAUGUAAUCUGCGUAUUCCAUAUCGCUUCCUAUGGAAUGUCUGGCAGGGAGCAGCUGAACCGAAAACUUAUAGAAGAUGUUAAUGUGAAAGGAACAGAAAAUGUCAUCCAAGCCUGCAAGAGCACAGGAGUGUCGAGUCUGGUUUAUACAAGCACAUACAACGUGAUAUUUGGAGGGCAGAUUAUAGAAAAUGGGGAUGAAUCUCUGCCUUACCUCCCUCUUCACCUCCAUCCCGAUCACUACUCCCGAACCAAAUCUUUAGCUGAAAUGAAGGUGCUGGAGGCAAAUGGUGCUGAGCUUGAAAAUGGGAGAGGUGUGUUAAGGACUUGUGCUCUGCGACCAGCAGGUAUCUACGGGCCUGGAGAACAGAGGCACCUCCCAAGAAUAGUCAGUUAUAUUGAAAGGGGACUGUUUAAGUUUGUGUACGGAGAUCCUCUUAGUUUGGUUGAAUUUGUGCAUGUAGACAACCUGGUUCAGGCUCAUAUCCUUGCCUUUGAGGCCCUCAAAGCCAACAAGCAGCACAUUGCUGCAGGCCAAGCCUAUUUUAUUUCAGAUGGCAGGCCUGUAAAUAACUUUGAAUUUUUCCGACCGUUAGUGGAAGGUUUGGGUUACAAGUUCCCAACCUGUCGCCUCCCUCUCUCCCUUGUCUAUUUUUUUGCAUUCCUUACUGAAGUAGUCCAUUUUCUUGUGGGACACAUUUAUAAUUUUCAGCCCCUCCUGACUCGCACAGAGGUUUACAAAACUGGUGUCACUCACUAUUUUAGUAUGGAGAAGGCCAGGAAGGAGCUGGGGUAUGAGCCUCAGCAGUACAGCCUGAAUGAAGUGGUGGAGUGGUUUAGAUCCCGGGGAUGUGGACCAAAGCCAAGAAAUUAUACCAUUAUGCAGCUUGUUAGGGAUGGAGGACUGCUUUUCCUGCUGAUUGCUGUGAUGGUCUCGUGGUUUCCAUCUGCAGUUACAUUUUCACUCUAAAAGAUGAAAUGCUGAGGACAGAAUUUAGUUAUGUUCUCAGCGUACUUCUCGUUUUGACAGACAGGUAAUAAAGAUUUUUUUUAAAAAAACCACACAUUUGUGUGAUUCAGGUAAAUAUCUUUAAACAGUUUUAUCCCCAAGGAAUGGAACUAUUGAGUAAAGAGGUGUAAUUUUUAUACAUAGUUUCCCUUCAAAGUAAAACUGAUCAGAUCACUAACAAGAUGAAGCUCAGUAUUACUGCAAACAGCAGUUUAUUCUCAGGUACAACAGCACACUGCAGUGAAUGGAACAAAUGUCCUUAGGCUGGCUGUUCUUCCUCCCUGAUGGGAUUAUACUCUUGAUUCCUGCCCUAUAUUCCUAAAGAGAUUGUGCUACAUGAUCCAGAGGAGAAUAAACUUACUCCCUGAUCACAUUCCAAAACCCAGUUCUGCUUUCCAGCUUGGCUGUAUAUGUGCCUAACCAAGAUGAACUGAUAAACUGCUAGACAAUAAACAAAUGUGGUUUCUUUA